CUCCAUGUGAGAAGCUAGCCAGAAGGCAUAAAACUCGCAGAGGACACCAAGGUCAAUGCCCUUAUUCUCUUUAGCCACACAAACAGAAACGCAUCUUAGAUCUCGCCAAUUCAAGUUCUUGUAGUUGGAGCACAAAGGUGCAAGUAGAUGGCCGGACUAAUUGCGUCUGGAAUCGUCAAGUGGACAGCAAGCAAGCUUUCUUCUCUAGUUGCUGAACCAGUUGGGUCAUCAUCCUCCGAUGAAGGAGCUGUUGCUCUUGAAGACCUCAGGGAGCUGCGGAGGACGAUGAUGAGGAUCCAGCGGACACUCGACGAGUCGGCUGAGCAUAGCAUCCGAGGUGAAACGGAGAGGCUGCGCCUAAGGGAGCUGCAGCAGUUCGUCUAUGAUGCCCAGGAUGCCGUUGACGCGUACAAGUUUGAGCUGCUGCGGCGGAGGAUGGAAGAUCAGGACAGGCGGGGCGAUGGUAGCGGUAGAAGCGGUCGCAAACGCAAGGGAGACAGGAAGGAACCAGAAGCAGACCCUGUACAAGUUCCUGUUCCUGAUGAGUUAGCAACAAGAGUAAAAAAGAUCCUAGAGAGAUUCAACGAAAUAACAAGGGCAUGGGAUGACCUCAAGAUGGAUGAGAACGAUGCCCCGAUGCUGGAAUACGAUGAUGAAAUGUUGCCUCUGCCGACCAACCCAUAUGCAGAUGAACCAAAUGUUGUUGGCAGAGAAGAAGACAAGGAAAACGUCAUCAAAUUGUUAACUGCAGGUGCCAGUCCUGAUGGAUGCCAAUUGUCUGUCCUUCCGAUUGUUGGUAUGGGGGGAGCGGGCAAGACAACACUUGCUCAGCUAGUGUACAAUGAUCGAAGGAUCUCUAAAUACUUCGACAUCAAGGGUUGGGUCCAUGUUUCUCCUGAUUUUAGUGUCAAGAACCUGGCAAGUAGGAUCCUCAUGUCAUUUACCAGAAGACAAUUUGAGGUAACUGAAAUGGAUGAUCUCCAAGAUGCACUAAUGGAGCAAGUACAAGGCAUGAAAUUCUUCCUUGUUCUUGAUGAUGUGUGGAUUGAAGACAAGGACCUUUGGAAUGCUUUGUUAUCCCCUAUGCUGAGUGCACAACUGGGAAUGAUCCUACUAACUACCCGUAAUGAAUCUGUUUCAAGAACUUUCCAAACAGUGUCUCCCUACCAUCUAAGCUUAUUACCUUUUGAUAAAUCAUGGAUAUUGUUUAAGCAGCUAGCAUUUGGAUUUGAUGUUAAAAAUAUCCAAGAGGUCUUUGAGGAAACCGGCAAGAAGAUUGUCGAAAAAUGUGGAGGAUUGCCUUUGGCAAUAAAGGCAAUUGCGAGUGCUCUUCGCUUUGAGCCUACUGAGGAGACAUGGAAAGAGAUAUUGGAUAGUGAACAGUGGGAGUUGCCAAGAAGUGAAGACAGUGUCUUGCCAGCACUCAGAUUGAGCUUUGAUCGAAUGCCAAAAAGCCUUCAAAGGUGUUUCAUUUUCCUCACCUUGCUUCCAAAAAGAUACCUUUUCUUGCAAGACAAUGUCAUAAAUCUGUGGAUGUCUAUGGAUGUCCUCAAGCAAGGUGGUCGCAAACGGCUAGAAAAUAUUGGCAGCUUGUACUUUGAUGAUCUGAUACAAAGGACAAUGAUACAGCGAACCCAAUCUGAUGAUGGAUUUGAGUGUUUCAUCCUGCAUGAUCUCAUCCAUGAUCUGCUACAGUUUGUCGCAGGUGAAGAUUUCCUGAGAAUAGACACCCAGUACUCCAAUGGAUUAGCUCAAAGUUAUCGAUAUUUAUCAUUGGUUGCUAGUUCCUCCGAUGCUAAUGUAAUGUUGCAUUCAGCACAUAUUCCAGAAGGCCUCAGAAUAUUUCAAAUUGUCAAUGCAACAGACAACUCAAAUUGCUAUUCCAAGUUGUUCUCCUUCAAUAUAAAUGUGGCAAUUGCUGAUCCACUAUGGAAAAGUUUCGGACAACUACGAGUUUUAGAUUUUAGUCACACUGGACUCAAGACAUUGCCAGAUUCAAUUGGAGACUUAAAACUGUUAAGGUACCUUUCGCUUUUCAAAACGCAAAUUACAUAUAUCCCUGAAUCUGUCUGCGGCCUGCUAAACCUCAAGGUCUUGGAUGCAAGAACAUACAGUCUAGUUGCUAUUCCACAAGGAAUCAAGGACUUAAUCAAUCUCCGCCAUCUACUGUUCGAGCAACGAUCCCCGUUAUGCAUGCCAAGUGGGGUUGGACAAUUGACGAAGCUGCAGUCCUUGUCAAGGUUUAGCAUUGGAAGUGGGAGCUGGCAUUGCAACAUUGCGGAGCUACACGGCCUUGUGAACAUCCGUGAAGAGCUGUUUAUUACUGGACUAAGGAGAGUAAGCAAUGUUGAUGACGCACAAACUGCUAAUCUGGUCAGUAAGAAACACUUGCAAAAACUGACAAUGGAAUGGGCCGAUGGAUCAUUGCCUGGCAGAUGCAGCCAUCAUUCUGGAAAUGAAACAGACCUUGUCAUUACACCAGAGUUGGAGGAGGCAGUUUUUGAGAGCUUCCGGCCACACCGGAACCUGAAGGAGUUGGAGGUAGCCAACUAUGGCGGCUACAGAUAUCCGAGCUGGUUAGGGCAUUCUAGCUUCUCCCAACUGACAAAGAUAACUCUGCAUGACCAAAGGUGUGAAUUCCCUCCUCCACUGGGCCAAUUGCCUCAGCUCCUUGAGCUCUCCUUGCAAUGGAUGAGAGGUGUUCAGCACCUCGGGAAGGAGUUCUGUGGACAAGGUGAUACAAGAGGCUUCCCUUCGCUGAAGGAUCUGGAGUUCGAGAACAUGCCAACUUGGGUGGAAUGGUCUGGAGUAGCUGAUGGUGACUUCCCUUGCCUCCAUGAACUCAGAAUUAAGGAAAGCAUUGAACUAAGGUAUCUUCCACAACGUCUGUCUUCCUCCUUGUCAAAAUUGGUGAUCAAGAACUGUGAUAAGCUACACAAGCUUCCAGCUCUUCCAAACCUUUCUAGUUUGAUUCUAAAGGGAAAACUCAAUGAAGAGUUAUUUUCUGACCUGGACUUGCCGUUGCUGAGAGCAUUGAAGGUGUCUCUUUCUCACAACAUUGAGUGCAUCCUGCUUCAGAACCUGCCAUCGCUAGAGCUUCUGGUGAUUCGCACAUGCCGGAAGCUGCAGGCAUUAGGGGGCCUUAGAAAUCUGCGAUCACUCAAGCUAUUGAACAUUAUAGCAUGCCCAAAACUGCAUCUCACAUGUGAUCAGCCUCUUCCCCAACAGCUCGAGCGGCUUAGUAUCUUAAAAUGUCCACAGCUAGAAGACUGGUUGGAACUCCAAAAUGCAGAACUCUAUGAUGAGCUACAGCCUGAUCAUGUAAGCGAUGAAGACCGAGAAGCUCUUGAAGUGCUGUGGGAUGACACAGAUGACGAAGUUCAGGAAGAGUUCUUAGAUAUAGCUGAGGAAGAGGAUGAUGAUGGUGAUGAAUCAGACAUCGGUCCAUUAGGUUUCAGCAUUGAUGACGAUGACCAGGACAAUUAGAGAACCUAAAAUUGCUGAGCCAAGGAAAGUUGAUCAGCCAUUGCACGAUUAGUUUCAUAUUUGAACAUGGAUUAAGAUGUAAGGCAUAAAAAUGUCUCUGCAACGAGAUUUCUGGUGAGGGAGGGGUAUGAAUGUGAGCCUCACCCGUAGAAGUUAAAACCGAUGGUAACAUAGGUAGACCAUUUUUACUCGUUCAUAUGGACUUGGGAGUGUGCUCUGCUCGCUCUUCUCAUCUUGAUAAUUCUGAAUGUUGGGAAUCGGCAGUUCGCAGCUCACAGGCGCGCCAGCGACCUACUGACGAAAAUCAGCGAGUUGCUGGGUGUGCUACAGUUGCUAACGAAACUGAAGAAACUCUGAAUUUUGCUCUGGGA